UCGUCUGCCCCGAGGGCUCGGCCGGGCCGUGUGGGGUUAUGGCGGUGCUGGUCCUGGUCCGCUCUCCGCUGCCGCGGCUUCGCGCUCUGCUGCAGCGCUGCUGGGGGCGGCUGGAGCGCGGCCUCUGGCCGGGUGUCUUCGGGGGCCAGAGCCCGUCCUGGGGACCAGCACUAGCUGUGCAAGGUCCGGCUCUUGUUCCACAAGGGAUCAAUGAUGCUGGAGCACCGAGCCUGCUGGAGAGCGUGGUGUGGAUGGCGGCGCCCAAGCAGCGGCGCACCAUCGAGGUGAACCGCUGCAGGCGGAGGCAUCCCAGCAAGCUCGUAGAAAUAAAGAGGAACAUAGAUGUUUGUCCUGAAUGUGGAAACUUGAAGCAGAAACACAUCCUUUGUGGCUAUUGUUACGCAAAGGUCAAAGAAGAAACUCGACUGAUACGGAUGGAAAUAUAUAAGAAAGAAGGAGAACCAUUUAAUGCUCCAACUGUAGAGACUGUUGUCCUUUAUGAAGGAGAAAAACCCAUGGAAAAAGAUGAAGGCAAGCGGAUCAUCGAAAGAGCCAGGAAGCGUCCAUCUUGGUUUGUUCAAAAUUGAUGCUGUAGAAUUAACAGUAGCAAAAGCAGUUGCUGCAGGAAGAGAAUUCAUGAUUUCAAGAAUGUUUUUCUCGUUCACUCAGUGUGAAUAGAACUCCUCUGAACUUUUGGGAAGCCCGCUUGAAUUUUGUGUCAUGCCAUAUGAUUUUCCAGUCAGAUGUUGUUUCUUCAGCAUGCAGUGGGAAAUGCUUCUCAGUGAUACAUCGCAGCAGUCAACAGAGAGAAAUCAGGAUCUGCCUUGGAUUUGGAUAUCUGCAUACCCUGAACAACUUGUAUGCUAAUGUUCUAUGCUGGUUUUGUAAAUAACAGCUUUUAAAUUCACAGAUGUACAAUGAAGUUUAAGUGUCCCAGGGAAAUUUGCUUUCUGGUUUUAGCUACUGCUCUUUUGGAGGGGGAAAAAUGUUUAAAAUUAAUAUUGAUCAUAAACAAAGGAUAUUUUCCAGGAAAUAUGCAGUUAUUUCGUUAUUUCCUUUGUGUGGAUUCCUUUGUGUGGAUCUCUCUACAAUGCUGCUGUUUGAGAUAAUUUGUGAUAGUCCUAGGUUUGAUCAAAGUAGUGAUUGCCACACAGUAUUUGCAUUUUUUUCUGCACUGGAUGAAGGUUGAAUAUUCCUUGCUGUUGUCAGUAUACAAAAUAAUUCUAUCUUAAAGGGAUGUGUAAAGCCUGUUCCCCCUCCUGUCCCCUGUCAGCGUACACUUGAGUAAAAAACAAAUUGAAAUGUAA